UGUGUGUGAUAUUUACAUCCACAUUUGUUUGUGGGUGGGAAUAUGCAUAUGAAUGUUACUUGUAUGUCUGGAUUUCUGUUUGUAUGUUCAUGUAUGUGUGUGUGUAUGUUUCCCUCCCUUACCUAUCUGCAUGUGUCCCAAUGCGUCCUGUGUUUUUUCAACAAAAAAAAACACCAAACCCCACCAAAAGGGACUGCAGAACUCUGAAGAGAACGCCAGGAUCUCCAUCACCUUCUUCCGGCUGUUCCGCGUGAUGAGGCUGGUGAAGCUACUGUCUCGCGGGGAAGGGAUUCGGACCCUGCUGUGGACCUUCAUCAAAUCCUUCCAAGCUCUGCCCUACGUAGCUCUGCUUAUAGUGAUGCUAUUCUUCAUAUACGCUGUGAUCGGCAUGCAGAUGUUUGGUAAGAUAGCGCUGCGGGAUGGCACAGAGAUCAACAGGAACAACAAUUUCCAGACGUUCCCUCAGGCAGUCCUGCUGCUCUUCAGAUGUGCAACAGGUGAGGCGUGGCAGGAGAUCAUGCUGGCAUGCUAUCUCAAUAUGCCGUGUGAGAAAGGAUCGACCAAUGAGAACAACUUGGCCCACGAGGACUGUGGCAGCCAGUUCGCCAUCAUUUACUUUGUCAGCUUUUACAUGCUCUGUGCCUUCCUGAUCAUCAACCUGUUUGUGGCCGUCAUCAUGGACAACUUUGAUUACCUGACACGUGAUUGGUCAAUCCUGGGGCCACAUCAUCUUGACGAAUUCAAGAGGAUCUGGGCUGAAUAUGACCCAGAAGCUAAGGGGAGGAUAAAGCACCUGGACGUGGUGACUCUGCUGCGGAGAAUCCAGCCUCCUCUGGGUUUUGGAAAGCUCUGUCCACAUAGGGUGGCCUGCAAGCGUCUGGUGUCGAUGAACAUGCCUCUGAACAGCGAUGGAACCGUCAUGUUUAACGCCACACUGUUUGCUCUGGUCAGAACCGCACUCAGGAUCAAGACGGAUGGUAACCUGGAGCAAGCCAACGAGGAGCUGAGGGCGAUAGUGAAGAAGAUCUGGAAGAGAACCAGCAUGAAGCUCUUGGAUCAAGUAGUGCCUCCUGCUGGAGAUGAUGAGGUAACAGUCGGGAAGUUCUACGCCACCUUCCUCAUCCAGGAAUAUUUCCGCAAGUUUAAGAAGAGGAAAGAACAAGGGCUGGUGACCAAGGUGGCCCCCAAAACAGCGCUUUCUCUGCAGGCGGGCCUGCGGACAUUACAUGACAUCGGCCCAGAGAUUCGGAGGGCCAUCUCCGGAGACCUGACCGUGGAGGAGGAGCUGGAUAAAGGCAUGAAGGAGCCUGUGUCUGCUGCAUCCGAGGAUGAUAUCUUCAGGGUAAAGGUUGGAUACACACACCCUCACACACUCUCCAGACCGCCCCUGCCCAAUCUGUGUCGCGAGCGCGGGGGGGGGACGGGGGACUAA